AGUUAUCAGUGGAAAGAAUCUUCAAGUCCCUUCCGAGCGCAUUCCCGCUGGCAUCUACAUAUCCGUCAAUGUCGACUCCCGGAGAUGCUGGAAAUCAGCCAUCAGUGUUUUAUCGUCUGAAAAAUCUGUGGUCAUCACAUGCCUCACCUACGUUGUUAGUAGAGAUCAGAGCAUCUUAUGAGCUUGGUCGAUUGCUAGGCGGUGGUGAGGUCGUUGGAAGACUUCAAAUGUCAUGGAAUGAGCUACUCAAUCAUGGACAUGAGUUAUUCGAUUUAUCCUUCCCACCCGUGCGCGGUGUUCACCCUUCCAUCAAGCUGAAGGCCGCUAUUGUACGUGCUUGCGACGAUCAGGACGACGCACUAUUCAAUUCCCUCGUAGACUGCGAUAUUGCUCGAGACACAGAUGCGGGCCACGCACAAUUUGCCGAAUACAUGAGACGCAAGAGUGUCUCUCACCUGAAAUGUGCUUUAGAGCAUUUUCAGUUGGUUCUAGACAUGUGUCCGGCCGGCCAUCCACAUCAUGCCACGGCUCUCACCAACCUCGGGUGCGCCCGCCUUCAAGGUUACAUCCGAAAUGAUCUUGAAGACAUUGAUGCCACCACUUCCCUCUUCCGCGACGCCCUUACAUUGCGUUCGCAGCCCAAUCAUUCCUUAUCUCUUUACAAUCUCACCGAAGCGCUGACUUGGCGCCACUCCAAGAAAGGGACUGCUGCCGACAUCCGCGAAGCCGCCCAACUCUAUCAUAAACUACUGCCUCUAUGUCCAGAGGGCACCUAUCUUCGUAGCAUCGCGGCAGGGGAAAACGGUGUCUAUUAUGUGAUCUCCGAAUGCAACAAUCUUCCAAUAGAUGCAUCUGAUGAGGGCAUCCACCUUCGACGAGUCGUUCUCGAGCUCUGUCCUCUGGGCCAUCAACUCCGUCCCAGAGCCCUCAUGGAGCUUGCACAAGCAGUUAAAGCACGAUUUGAUCAGCACGGCAGCAUCGAUGAUCUUGACACGAGCAUACAACUUCGUCGUGAAGCCGUGUCUCUGAUCCCCGAGGGACAUGCUGACCGUGAUGCUUACCUGAACAACUUGGCCUUCUCACUCACGUCGCGCUUCGAUCACCAAGGCAAACCUAAUGACCUCGAUGAUGCCAUUUCUUUGCAUGAAGAAGCACUGCGCCUGUGCCCUAUUGGGCACGAAUCUCGUGAUUGCUUAUUGGGCAACCUAGGGGGCAUUCUUGUCGACCGUUUCAACAAAUGCGGCGACAGUGAAGACAUCACCAGAGCUAUCAGCCUCUAUUGCGAAGCACCGACGUUGCGCCCACCUGGGCAUCCACAUCGUGACACCGCGCUUAACAACAUUGCCCUCGCGCUCGACACCAGAUAUGACAAAUUGCAUGUUAGCGAGGAUCUCAACAAGGCCAUUGUUUUAUAUCGCAGAUGCCUUCGGUUAAUGCGGCUUGACCAUCCAGAGCGCCAUAGAACUCUUUACAACUUGAGUUCGGCGCUCUGCUCUCGUUUUACGCAAACGCAGAAGAAUGAAGAUGUCGAGGAGGCCAUUACUCUUUGCCGACAAUCAUUGGCGGCUCUGUCCUCGACACACCCGGACAGGUAUUUCAGCUACAUGUGGCUGCAGAAGGCUUAUUUGUCUCGUCACCGGAUUCUACACGACCCUGCUGAUUUGUCGCUCGCUAUAGAGAACUUCAGACUUGCAUCAAGACAUCCUACUCAAGGCUUUCCGAGACGCAUUAAAGGCGCCUUGGGCUGGGUUACUGAUGCUGAGAGUCAUCAACACGACUCUGCCCUCGAAGCAUACCAAGUAUGCUUUGAGCUUUUCGACAGCCACGUGAUGACGCGAUCGUCGAUCGUCUCACGGCGUGAGGCUGCAACAGCUUUUCUUCAUGCACGCUCACUUCCUGCGGAUGCGGCCUCAUGCGCCAUACGUCAUAACAAUCUACGACAAGCAGUUGAACUUGUGGAGCAAGGCCGUGGCCAGCAGUGGUCGCUGGCCUCUCGACUCAGGACUCCAGUCGAAGACCUUCAGUCAGCAAAUCCGAGACUGGCGCACAAUUAUUUGCAAUUGAGCAAACUCGUUUCCAAUGCCGCACAGAGUCCUGCAACCAUCGUCGACAGAGCUGCUACUGAUCGGGCAGCAAUUGAAUAUAGGCGACUUACAGGGCAAUGGGAGGUUGCGGUAGCUGAGAUACGCAAUCUUCCGGCAUUUUCGCGAUUCCUGCUUCCACCUUCGUAUGAAGACCUCCAAGUGGCAGCACGCCAGGGACCGGUCAUCAUCCUCAUUGCGAGUCAAUACUCGUGCAGCGCCAUCAUCGUCCCGACGUCAGGAGACCCCCAUCAUGUUCCUUUGCCGUCCAUCGCUCUCGCAGACCUCAAGAUUCUUAAGGAUCGCUUCGCCAGGGUAAUACGAGAUUCAUCUCGGAUGAACCCAGGGGAGUCGAGGACGGAUCUAAUAGUGCUCUUGCGGAUAAUAUGGGACCAGAUCAUGCUACCCAUCGUCAACGUACUCGAGCACGCUCUCAAACUAAAGCGUCGCUCUCGAAUCUGGUUGUGUCCCACUGCAGCUUUCACGUCCAUUCCUCUCCAUGCAGCUCACCCAUUUCAAAUAAAGGCGGAUCGUUCUGGGAAGGAGCCAUGCCUGGAGGAUCUCUACAUUUGCUCUUACACGCCGACACUUUCGGCUCUGAUCAGAUCUAGACAGUUGAUGAAGAAGCGCGUGCUUCCGUCCUUUGUGGCGAUCGGACAGGGUCAACCGGGUGCAGGGAAAGGCAACGCGCUCUUGGCUGUCGACAGCGAGCUCGAGCUUGUCCAUAAGCUCGUCCCUGCGACAGCUGACCGCACCACUAUUUCUGGCGACGAAGCCACCCGAGCAGGUGCACUCUCAGCUUUGCAGAAGAACACCUGGGACCUUAAACAGCCUUACGAUUCGCAUUUUGUCAUGAGAGACGAACAUUUGACGCUGCUCGAUAUCAUGGAGAGACAUAUUCCGCAGGCCGAGUUCGCGUUCUUAUCAGCUUGUCACACUGCUGUAGGCGAUGAGGAGACGCCUGACGAAGUGAUCCACCUCGCAGCUGGUAUUCAGUUUUCAGGGUUCAAGAGCAUCAUUGGCACGCUAUGGGAGGUCGAUGAUGCUGUCGCAAAACAUGUCGUUGAAGCUUUUUACGGGUAUAUGUUUGGAGAUUUGAAGAAAGGUGGUGUCAUGGACUGUACGAAGGCAGCCUGGGCACUCACUCUAGCUAUCUUUUUUUCAAUGUUCACCAAAGUUCUUGUCAGGCCAUAUAGUGAUUUGAUAUAUCAAAAGACCAUAAUCUAUAGGCCCAUAGUCCGCUAUGAUACAUACUCGAGCCCUGACUGUGACGAAGACGUCGAUCGGAUGUCUUAG